AUGCUGAGGACGCUGGCUCCACGACUGCCGGGCAGGACGCCUGCAGUCGCCGACAAGCUCAGCUGCAAGGAGCACUCUGAGCAAGAAUGGGAGGUGCAUAAAGCCCUCAUCGAGAAGCUGUACAUUGGCGACAACCGCAAGCUCACCGAGACCAUGGCCAUCCUCGAAUCCAAGCACGGCUUCGCCGCGACGGAGCAAAUGUACAAAAAACGACUCAGGAAGUGGAACAUUCGGAAACGGAGCUAUCGUAAAGCAGUCGAUGGCUCUGGUGCUUCGACACCGGCGCCAUCCCUCGACGCCUCGGACGUGGAAGACACCGAUGUGGAGCAAGUGCCGCGAAGACGGGUGCCGGCCGCCGGGCGCGCCCAAGUGGCUGUCAGCCGCACCGCCAGGAUCGAGCCAUAUGCCGGGCUUGAGCUGGUGCUCGACAGCGUGGCUGCGUGGAGUCUGAGCAAGCUCCACAGCCGCGGCAUCCAGUCGGACCCCAUGUCGAGAUAUCUCGCAUCACCGAAUCGCCCGCCCAUCCAGGACAGCCGGACCAUGUACCGGACCUUUGAGCUCGUCUUUGACCUGUGGUUCUAUGGCAAGGGACAGCUGGCGGGCAUGGCCGCGCGCAAGGCUUUUUACGCGCUCGAGUUUGUCCUGACCGAGGACCAUCCGGAUCUCGUGUGGCACAUUCUCGACGCGAUUUACGACAUGGUUGACCGAGGGCAUAUUCAACUCCACGCCAUGUUUCUCGCCCAUGCCAACGCGCUGGCCACAAGACUGUUGGCCGCAAACCACCCGCUCCUCAAGAUUCUGCAACAGCUGACCAAGUUCGACCAUCGAACGGAGCAAGGUCAGCGUCAGAUCUGCCACUUGCUUCGCCAGGCGUGGUUGCGCAACGUGCACAUCCUCGGCCAACACAUCGGCUCACUGGCCCCGCAACGUCUCUGGCUAUACGAGCAGCUCAUCUGGGACGGUCGCGCCCGCCUGCGGCAAGGGAGCGCGCUGGCGCAGAGGCGAGAGGUCAUCACACCGGCGCUCCAUGAACUCUCGCAGCAGCAAGCGCCGGCGACGGGCGCCGGCGAGUACGAAAAGCUGCGCAUCGACGCGCUCGUGCUCGAGUACACGCAAAUGGACCUUGGCGACCUGCAGAGGGCAGAGGAGCUGGCGACGGACCUGCUGAUGCGCACGGCGUCGGACGCGGGCGCGAGGUCCAACGCGAGGUUCCACGCCUACGCCCGCAAGAUGCUGGCGCGGCUGCAGCAGGAGAAGCGCGACUGGGCGCGGGCCGAGGAGAACUUCCGGUGGGCCAUCACGAAGCGCGAGGCGGCGCAUGGUGCCGAAUCGAGCCUGCGCGUCAUCCGUGACAUGUGGGUGCUCGCGGCGCACUUUCAAAAGGCCGGCAGACAGGAUGCCGCCGCACAGAUUGCCGAGGAUGCCACGGCGAGGGCGGAGCGGCAUCUGCAGGCCGGCCUAGCCGAGGCAAUGAGCACGGCGCGCGACCAUGACGGGCAAGAGUAG